AUGGAAAAGAACAAGCUCCUUCCGGUCUCCGUGGCCGAUCAGCCUCCCAAAUCACAGAGCUAUGCUCGGCGGAUAUUGUCCGCAACUUUCUUCGUCUGUUUGACGCUCUACGCGAUCAAGCAGUUGUUCAGAGAGGUUGUUCCUCACUCCCAUCACCGUGGCCUGCCGGAUGGUGUCGCCUCAAAAGCUUCAUGUGUCCAGGUUCCUCCACUCUACCCGCCAGUCAACGAUGUCAAGAUCGGAGAGAUGUGGGAGUACAUUCAGACUCCUGCAUUCCGAAAUGCGUCCAUCGUCCGACACUCUGGUGCGGUCAAGAUCCCAACGGAGUCGUUCGACAAUAUGGGAGAGGUGGGCGAGGACAAGCGAUGGGAUAUCAUGUAUCAAUUCGCCGACUACUUGGAGGCGACCUUCCCACGCAUGCAUAGCGACUUGAAGGUCGAGAAGGUUAACACACAUGGUCUGCUGUACACUUGGCAAGGCAGUGACGAGAGUUUGAAGCCUCUGAUCCUUAUGGCGCAUCAGGAUGUAGUGCCCGUCCCAGCGUCUACCGUUGACGCCUGGACUCAUCCGCCCUUCAGCGGCCACUAUGACGGGAAGUUCAUCUGGGGCCGAGGCGCGAGUGAUUGCAAGAACCAGCUUAUUGCAGUCAUGGAAACGAUUGAGCUCUUUCUCGCUGCUGGGUAUGAGCCGAAGCGGACGAUCGUCAUGAGCUUCGGCUUCGAUGAGGAGAUCAGUGGACGGAGAGGUGCUGGUCAUCUAGCUGGCUUCUUGCACGACCGCCACGGCAAUAACGGUGUGGCGGCAAUUGUUGAUGAGGGUGCCGGCUUCUCAACCGCUUGGGACCAAGUCUUCGCCAUCCCUGGUGUCGGCGAGAAAGGCUACACCGAUGUCUACAUCACUGUGCGCAUGAACGGCGGCCACUCAUCGAUCCCUACUGAUCACACCGGCAUUGGUGUCAUGAGCGAGCUGGUCACCAUGAUCGAAGCCGAGCAGUAUCCAACCUACCUCGCGGAUGAGAACCCAAUGCUCGGUCUGUUGGAAUGCGGUGCCAGCCAUGCACCCACCUUCCCGAAGAAGCUCAAGAAGCUGUUGCGUAAGCACAGCACAAAGUCACAAUGCAAGGCGAAGCCAGACGAGCUUGCGCUCGAGGCCGCGAAGCUCGGUGGCCGUCCGGUGAAGUACCUCAUGCAGACCAGCCAGGCUGUCGAUGUGAUAGAAGGCGGCGUCAAGGUUAAUGCUCUACCCGAGCGAACCAUGGUCACAGUUAACCAUCGUAUCAACAUUGGCGAUACCGCGGAGACGGUGUUCUCGCAUCUCACUUCGCUCGCAAAGCCGGUCGCGGAGAAGUACAACCUCACCCUCCACGCAUUUGACGGUACGAAGGAGGCAGCUUCAUCCAUCUCCAUGUACCCAUCGGAGAACACUCUCGAAGUCGCACCAGUUACCCCGACCAACGUCGACACGAUCACGCCGUAUGCCAUCCUAGCAGGCACCACUCGGGCCGUCUACGGCGACCACAUUAUAGUGAGCCCGGGCAUGAUGACUGGCAAUACCGACACGCGCUACUACUGGCCGCUGACAAAGCACAUCUUCCGUUACGGACCUGGUUACGAUCCCACGUGGGAUAAGGGUUUGGGCAACGUGCAUACGGUCGAUGAGAGGAUUAGCGUGGACAACCAUCUCGGUAUGGUUAAGUGGUUCACGCUGUUCGUGAGGAACAUGGAUGAGGCUCAGCUUGAGUGA